AGCAGAGCGAGGCAGACAAGCCGAGGGCAGUGGCCGUGUUGUGAGGAAUUGUACGUCGGUUCAUUUCUUAAGGAGAAGAUGACGGCAUCAGCUGAGGAGGAGGAGGUGGGAUCAGUGAACGCGUGCAGCAGCAGCAACACCAGCAGCCCGGUCACUGCCUCCUCCCCAGAAGUGCACGUCAUCACGGGCGGGGGAGGCUACGUGGGACUGAACAUCGCGAGGGAGCUACAGGCCAAGGGGCAUCGCAUCGUGCUCUUCGACAUCAGCAAGCCGACGGAAAUGCCCCACCCUGACAUGAAGUUUGUGCAGGGAGAUAUCAGGAACCUCAGUGACGUCAUGAGAGUAGCGCAGGAUGCUUCAUGCAUCUACCACGUAGCCUCCUUUGGCAUGUCCGGAACAGAGAUGUUAAACAACAAGCUCAUAGAAGCGAUCAAUGUCGAGGGAACCAAGAACGUGAUCAAGGCGUGCAGGCAGUGCGGUGUUGAGAGACUCGUCUACACGAGCUCAGUCAAUGUCGUCUUCAAUGGAAAUCCGAUCGCGUGCGGCGACGAAACACUGCCCUACAUACCCGAGCAGAAGCACAUCGACCACUACUCGCGCACGAAGAGCAUCUCUGAGCAGCUGGUACUCGCGGCCAACGGGGAGACUGUCGCGGGCGACAAGACUCUCCGCACGGUGGCGCUGCGCAGCGGCGGCAUCUACGGACCAGGCGAGAUGAGACACACGCUGAGGAUCAUCAAUCACUUGCGUAGUGGCUUUCUCAUAUUCAAGUUUGGGACUGCUAAGUCUGACUACGUGCACAUCACCAACCUAGUGCAGGCACACGUCAAGGCUGGGGAGGCCCUCACUCCGCAGAACAAAUGCGUCGCGGCGGGGCAAGCUUAUACGAUAACCGAUGGAACACCGAUAAAUAACUUCGAAUUCUUCAAACCUCUGAUUGAAGGGUUGGGGUACACCUACCCCAAGAUCAAUCUACUUGUGUGGAUCAUGUAUAUGAUUGCGUACAUCUCGGAGCUGGUCCACUACACUAUCGGUGGGUUCAUAGGGUUCGAACCGUUCCUCAACAUGGCCGAGUGCAUCAAAGUGUCGGUGAACCACACGUUCAGCAUCGAGAAAGCCCGCCGCGACCUCGGCUACGAGCCGACGAAGGUCAACGACAUGUCGGACAGCGUCGCGUACUGGCUCGAGCGCGGCUACCACCGCGACAGCGGCAUCAACGGCGCGCUGCACUCCGAGCUCACCUGGCACGUCAAGUGGAUGCUCGGCAUUCUCUGCGCGACGAUGAUAAUGGUCUUCAUCGUCGUCUAGCUGCCGCGGCGACGGCGACGACGACGCCCCGCGCACGACGACGACGAGCCAGAGAUGCCAACCACUACGAUUUAU